CCUCCGCCCCCGCCGCCUGAGGACGCGGCCCUGACAGGCCUCUAGGCCUAGGCGCGGCCCGAGGAGCCCGACGUGUUGCUGCCGGUGCUGCUGUGAGUAAUACGAGCGCCCUCUCCACAGUCGUUUACAGAUUAAAAUGGAGGAAAUUUCGUUGGCUAACCUGGAUACUAACAAGCUAGAGGCCAUCGCUCAGGAGAUAUACGUAGACCUAAUAGAGGAUUCUUGUUUGGGCUUCUGCUUUGAGGUGCAUCGGGCAGUCAAGUGUGGCUACUUCUACCUGGAGUUCGCAGAAACUGGUAGCGUGAAGGAUUUUGGCAUUCAGCCUGUGGAAGAUAAAGGAGCGUGCCGCCUUCCGCUUUGCUCCCUUCCCGGAGAAUCUGGGAAUGGGCCUGAUCAGCAGCUGCAACGCUCACCCCCAGAAUUCCAGUAGCUGCAACAUGAGAGAGUCAGAGGGUGACCAGGACAAUAACAUAGACCGGUCCUGUGGUUUGGAGAAGUUAGGUAUCUAAGUAGAAAAAGAAAAAAAAUAAAAUAAAUAAAAUAAGACAAAAGUCUCAAUUCCCAUUGAAGA